CCGCAACGACUAUUUAAGGAGCUCCCCGCCCAUGUAGCUCUUCUGCCUUGCAUCUUCCCAUCCAUCUCCUACACUUGCCUCUUCUUUUUCCCCUUCCAUUCUCAUCCGAAGCAGCGAAUCCCAGAGGUGCUUUCUCUAGCUCCACCUUCAUUUUCUCUGCAGUUGCCUGAUAUGUAUCCAAUUAGUGUCUAAAUUUGUGUGAUUCAAUUGACAUUGAUCUUUGGUAAGUCUACAUUCUGAUGCGAUCACACCAGCAUUGCUCAUCUAAAGCAGCAUUAAUAGUCUGAAAUUUUGUCUGGUUUGAUUACUGUUUUCAUUUGUUUUUGCUGACAGUUUGGAAAGCAUUGAGUUUUUGUCAGUGGUGCAUGAUCAGUUUUGUGUGUGACUGAGCGUGUAUCUGUAGAUCUAACAUUUGGUUGCGUCUUUAUUCUGCAUGUUAUAGAAAAACAUAUAGUUAUAACUAGAUCUUUGGCCUUUGUUGGUUAUUCAAAGAUGGGAGUUCUAUCAAUUAAUGAUAUUUAUGUGUUUGGUGAGUUUUGGAGAUAUGAUAUGAUAUGGAUUUUGAAAUCUGGGAAAAAUAGUAUAGGUUUCUAAAUCUGAAAUGAAGUUGUUUGGAGAGUUUUAAAAUCACGAUUUAGUUAGUGAUUGGCGGGGGAUGAUCAACGGUUGAGAGAGAUAUCAAAUCCUCACAUUGAUAUCUCUCAAAUUCGGAAGAUAUCGAGGAUUUGUGAUAUCUAGAGAUAUCGAAUUUGUAUUCUUUUUAUGCCUCACCAAGCACAAAAAAAAUUGAUAUCGGGAGAUUUGAAAACCCAUCUCCUACGCUCACCAAACGGGUUAGAUCUCCAGGAAAAUAUGUGAACUGUAACCAACAACGAUUGCAGAUCUUGCUAUAUGUUUUCAUCGAAGCAUUCAAUAUUUAAUCUUUAUAUCUUUUACAGCGAGCAGUAUACGAAAUUAAUAAAUUCAUAUUCCAUACCUAUCUUUCAAUCACUUUGAAUUUGCAGAACGAAAAUGGUGAAGAUCUGCUGCAUUGGUGCUGGAUAUGUCGGAGGCCCCACCAUGGCUGUGAUAGCACUGAAGUGCCCAGACAUUGAAGUGGCUGUGGUUGAUAUUUCUGCGCCUCGGAUCAACGCAUGGAACAGCGACCAGCUACCCAUCUAUGAACCAGGCCUUGAUGACGUAGUGAAGGAGUCCCGUGGCAGGAACCUCUUCUUCAGCACAGAUGUGGAGAAGUAUGUGAGGGAGGCGGACAUAGUCUUUGUUUCUGUCAAUACUCCUACCAAGACUCGAGGUCUUGGAGCAGGCAAAGCUGCAGAUUUGACUUACUGGGAGAGUGCCGCUCGCAUGAUUGCCGAUGUUUCAAAAUCUGACAAAAUAGUUGUGGAGAAAUCAACUGUCCCGGUGAAAACUGCUGAGGCUAUUGAAAAGAUUUUGACCCACAACAGCAAAGGAAUUAACUUCCAGAUCCUCUCGAACCCGGAAUUUCUUGCAGAGGGAACAGCCAUCCAAGACCUUUUUAAACCCGACAGGGUACUCAUCGGUGGUCGGGAGACCCCAGAAGGCAACAAGGCAGUCCAGGCACUCAAGGACGUCUACGCCCGUUGGGUCCCUGAAGAUUGCAUCUUGACGACCAAUUUAUGGUCUGCCGAGCUAUCAAAACUGGCUGCCAAUGCAUUCUUGGCCCAGAGAAUAUCUUCUGUCAAUGCCAUGUCAGCUCUCUGUGAAGCCACUGGAGCAGAUGUUACCCAGGUCUCAUACGCCGUGGGUAAGGACACAAGGAUUGGUCCCAAAUUCUUGAACGCCAGUGUUGGCUUUGGCGGCUCGUGCUUUCAAAAGGACAUUCUGAACCUUGUUUACAUUUGCGAAUGCAAUGGCCUCCCUGAGGUGGCAGAAUACUGGAAGCAAGUAAUCAAGAUCAAUGACUACCAGAAGAGCCGUUUUGUCAACCGUGUUGUCGCGUCCAUGUUCAACACCGUGUCAAACAAGAAAAUCGCCAUUCUCGGAUUCGCUUUCAAGAAGGACACGGGCGACACCAGGGAGACCCCCGCAAUUGAUGUCUGCAAGGGACUGAUGGGCGACAAUGCUGUGUUGAGCAUCUAUGACCCUCAGGUGAGCGAGGACCAGAUCCAAAGAGACCUGUCGAUGAACAAGUUUGACUGGGAUCACCCCCUUCACCUCCAGCCCAUGAGCCCAUCCAUGGUGAAGAAAGUUUCUGUAGUUUGGGAUGCGUACGAGGCAACCAAAGACGCUCACGGCCUGUGCAUUCUUACAGAGUGGGACGAAUUCAAGAACCUGGACUACACCAGGAUAUAUGAGAACAUGCAAAAACCUGCUUUUGUUUUUGACGGUAGGAAUGUGGUGAAUGCGGAGAAGCUGAGAGAGAUUGGGUUUAUCGUCUACUCAAUUGGUAAGCCAUUGGAUGCUUGGCUCAAGGACAUGCCAGCCGUUGCUUAGACGCACCCACCCACGCACCCACACACCUUAUAUACUAUAUAUGCUAUGCUCUAUUAGCUGAUAUUCUUUUUUUUUAUUUUGAUUUUUCUUAUUUUAGUUUCAAUUUCAUAUCCUCCCCAGUGGAGGAGGUUGUCUCUGUUGCAGUCUACUGUCUAAGUUAAAAGCCCUACUCCUGUUUUGAUGGGCACUACAUUUUACCUGUUUGAACGAUUUAUUGAUAUCAAUAUACUCAUGUUUUUUUA